ACUUGGCUUGUGAAGUGAAGAUUGAAGGAAAUCACGCAAGUAGUUGCUCAAGGAGUGUUGAGAUGUGAGAACAAGCUUGUUGAAGUUUAGGUUGCAUACCAUCGGCUAGAGGUCAAACUUAUGCUGCUUUGCUGGAACGUGCUCUGGAAUUUGGGCUUUGCAAUGCUUCCUGGAAGCGGAAAAUGAAGCAGGCCUUUUGAGGGCCUUCAAGGAAAAUUAAGAGCCUUUUGACUUGAGAUCCAAAAUUCAAUAAAAUCGAAGUGCUUCAAAUUCAGUAGCCAAUCCAAAACAAAUCGCGCCCCUUCCCAAUUGUCCCCAAAAAUACUUUUAAAUGCAUUUGCCGCCUUCAUCCCAUUACAUCCCACUUUUGCCUCCAGUUUAUAAGUUUUCACGAACCAGUCUUAGAUCCACAUACCUCUACGCCUUUCAUAUCAAUCAAACAAAAUCAUUACAUUCUCUCCGCCGCCUACGUCCGGGAAGAGAUGAGAGCCGCCGAGAUGGGCAGCGACGAGGAUCUAGAACUACUUUCGCCUUCCGACGAGACAUCUUCUCCUGUUCAAGAAAGAAAGUUAAAACGAUUGAAGAAGGUCAAAGCGGUUGUGGAGAAUCCGUCCCAAUUUGAAGCCCUAGAUUUCGACAUAUCCAAAGGCCAAGCUUUUGAGGAUCCGAAAUCGGGAUCUGGGUUCGACGGUUCUGAAGAUGAAAAUGAAUUGAGUUCCGGCUUUGAUGAGUUACGGGUUGAGGAAAACGGGUUAGGUUCUGUUGCUAAGCGGACGUUGGAUUUUGAUUCCCUGAACGAGCAAGUUGAUGGAGAAGGUGAAGAUCCGAGCCAAGAGUUGGAAAUUAGGGAUUCAGAAAGGAAGGAACCGGAAAAGAAGCGACACAGUUUUGAUGAACUGGAGAGUAAAGAGAAGAAAAAGAAAAAGAGAGUGAAAGGUGUCAGCGAUGAGGAGAUGCCCAUGUUACCAGAAAGAAGAACAGCCAAGGAAAGAAGAGAACAUCUUGCCCAACUUCGUGCUGAAUCUCAAAGACUGCUACGAGACACUAGAGAUGCUGCAUUUAAGCCAGCACCAUUGGUUCAAAAACCCAUAUCAUCAAUUUUGGAGAAGAUUCGACGAAGGAAGCUUGAGGUUUCAAAAAAGACACAUUUUUUUGUUGAUGAUCAUGAUGGUAAUUCAUGCAACGAUAUGGUGGAGCUUGAACUAAAAGAUGUUGCUAACGAGGAGAGAGGCAAUGAAAGGCCUAUCGAAGUUGAAAGUGAGAAGGCAACUUCAAAUCAUGGGAUUUCAGAUACCUUGUGUGCUGAUGAAAUAAAGAAUGUUGUGAAUGUCUCAAGUCAUAAGAAUCUUUUGCCACAGAUUGCUGUUGGUGAGGAAGAACCCAAAAAAACAUUUCGAGCUCCUGUAAAUGAUACUCAGGAUCUAUUUUCCGAUUCCCAAACAAGUGAUACUAAACAUGAGCUUGCGGAGGAGACCCCUACUAGCCCUUUAGAAGAAGUUCUGGCACCAUCAUUGCUUGCUUUGAACUUAAAGCUUGACUCUGCUCCUCCUGAUGACAUGUCAUCUGAAGAGGAGGAUAAUGACAAAGAGAACAUUGAUCCACAGCCACAAGAGUCUGUUGAUUUGUCUCCAACACCUAGUGGUGAUCCAGUUAAAGCAUUUGUUGAUGAAGAAGCUGAAGAAGAAGAUGACAGUGACAAUGACUUAGUUCGCUUCCAAGAUGACGAUAAUGAAGAUGAAGAUUGUGAAGAUUUAGAAGAGCUUAGGGAUAUGAUAGCAACUGGAUAUGAAGAAAAGCAAAGUGAUAUUGAAAGGCGAAUGGAACUCCAUCAGAAGUUGCUUGAUCAGCAGGAUGCUGCUAAAACAGAGCACUUUUUGCGGAAAUGGGGUCCGAAGCAGAGAGAAACAACCCUGCUUGAUGAGGAAGGAUUUGAGGAAGAUGAUGAAUAUGAUGAAGAAGAGGAUUUUCUUGAAACUACAGAAGAUUUUCCUCCUGUAAAUUUACGCAUGCAUAUAAACAAGAUAAAGGAAAUGAUACCACAAAUGUUUACAGAUAAGGAUGACAUGUACAUAUCAUCUGAUGACGAGGAAGCAGAAAAAAAACUCGUUGAACAGUGCUUGUCUGAGAAAGCUAAUCAGCAGGUUGAGCUCUUGCCACCAAUAGAGGAUGCAAAGUCCAAAGAGCUCUUUGGUUAUAUAAAGAAGGUGAAUGAUAUGCCUGACACCAGAAGAAAAGCCAAAACGUCAUCCUUUUCUAACAUGCUGUUCAUGGGAAAAAAUGGGAAUGCGUCCUCAAAGUCAUCUUUCAUAGGUAGGGGUUCAAAUUGUUCUAUACCAUCAUCUUGCAAGAAUGGAUCAGGCGUCUUACGCUCUUUCGUAUUUGAACGGGAAGACAGUAAUAGCAAAAGCACAGUCUCAAUGGCAGAAAAUUCUUCAGAUGUGAUUCAAAAGGAGAAUCGGCCAACGAAAACUGCAUCAGCCAAGUUUAGCAACUCACAAAUCAAAUCAAGUGCUCCACCUAGAAAAAAUGAAACAGAAACGACUUCAAGAGCUCAAUUAUUGGAAAUAUUAAGGCGUUCCUCGCUGCAUGCAACUCACUGCACUCGUAAUAGUAUUGUUGGCCACACUGAAUCCAUAUUUGCUGCAUUCAAGUUGGAAAAGAAAUCAACGGGACAUAAAGCCAAUGUAUCUGUAAAGACUCUCUAGAUUAUUUCGGCACCGAACAUUUGAUAUCAAAUGCGAUGGAUGUAUUUGUGCGUUAACUUUUGCUAAAUUUGACCCUGUGGAUACAAUGUCGGAGGUCGUAAAAUUAAUAUUGCAUUGGCUUGAUGGCUUCUCUCAGCAAACAAGAAGAGUAAUCAAAUAAUUUGUUUUUUAGGAUUAA